AUGCUGCUCACCAUGCUCACAGCCCUGGCUGCUGGGCCACCGGCCCGGCGUGAGUGGCAGAUGGCCUUGCAGACCUUGCCGGCCUCCGUGGCGGGUGGCGCAGCGGUGUUGCUCCACAACGUCGCUCUCACGCAGGUCCAGGGCGGUGGCACGCCUGGGAGGUCGGCCAGGUCCCCAGUGCCGCCGAUGGCGAAGCGGAUGCCAAGCGAGCGUGAGCUUUGUGACCAUGCUGGGCUCCUGCACUCCCGUGGUGUGGAGUUCUUCAUGGGGCAUCGCCAAGCGACCUGGAAGAGUGGUGUCCCCGUUCUCAUGGCUUGGUUUGGAGGUGCCUUGUGUGUCCGUGGUGAGCGGAAUGCUUCCAUGCUGGCGCUCCUUCUGGUGUUGUUGGGCUGUGCAUCGCGAAGUGCCAAGUCCAUUUGGCAGCAGCAGUUGCUUUCAAUUGACCAGCUGGGUCCUGCACGACUGGCUGCGGAGAAGUCAACCGAGAACUACAUCAACAAUACCCUGGACUCCGAAGACGAGGAGUGGGAAGAAGCCUGGGACAUGGACCAGCCACGGGACUAUCUCGACACGAAGGAGCAGGCGUCCUUUACCCCAUGCAUGCAUAGCCCCAAGGCCUCGCCGGUGGAAAAGCGCACGGAAGAGCGCCCGCUGGGGCUGCGCGCAAAGCAACAAGGCUACUUGGCUACCAAGCCAAAUCCGACCUUCCUUGACAAGCUCUUCGGCUUGGACGGUGCGCGGAAGAAAAGGAUGCCACCUGCGGAUACCUGCGGUCCCAAAGCAGGUCCCAAGCUACCAAGGAAGUCCGCGGAUCGCCUGAAGUCCGGGCUCGUCUCUCGACCCGGUCGCGUCUUGGCUCCAGAGCGGCUGGGUGUCGUUAGAAUGGCGCCAGCCUUCCUACAACGCUUCACUGGAGGUAAUCAGACUCCAUUGCAGGCAGAUUUGAAGCGUGCCACCGAAUCAAACGUCAUUGAAGUUCCCAAGGAUGUGCUAGCUUUGGUGGUUGAAGCCACUCGCCUGGGUGAAGAGGAGCGCCGAGAGAUCAUGAUGCAUCUUCGAGAGUGCUUGGCUGAGCCACAGGGUCGAAGAUGGCGCCGCAUCUAUGCUGCCUUGGUUUUGAUGGAGGAGCUGCUAAAGGAUGGCGCUCCAGAACUGGUGGUGGAGACAGCAGAAGGUCGCUACUUUGACCUAGUUCAGCGGUUGUCACUGCUGGAGAAAUUCGAGUGCACCAAUGACUUAAGAGUGCAGAAUAUGGUUCGAACGAAGGCCACCGGACUCCGAAGUGAGGUCGUGCCGAGGCUCGAAACAGCUGGAGAUGCACAUGCGAGUCAUGCGAGUCAUAAACCUGCCACCAGCAGCCACGUGGAGGCCGGCUCCACCGGCGGCUCUGGUGGCUCCACGGGAGGCUCCACCGCGUCGGGUGGCUCGUCCGCCGGCUACACCGGAGGCCAAUUGUACAAUAUGGCAAAGCCAGAAAGCCAGUUGAUCUUGAAUGGUGUUGUAGCGGUUGGACACAAUGAUGAUACAGACAGCGACAGUGAUGGAAGGGAUGGGCCGAAGAGGGCUGUGGCGUAUAGGAAAGCGCAGUCGCCCACCAUCCCUUCGAGUGCGAACAAGACCCCAAGCUCCUCGAAACCGAACGAGAGCGGAAACAGCAAUGUCGACUUGCUCGAUCUGUGA